UAUACUUGAAUAUUAACCAUAUAUAUGUAGUAUGUAUAUCCUUUGCUUCAAUAUAAACUAAGAUCGAUAUUCUGGCUUAGUUUUUGACUUCCAAUCUUGGCCUCCAGUUAAACGAGACGAUUAUAAGCACAAAUAUAGAAACAGAAACCUGUGCGAUUAGUGGAAUAUAUACCCUACAAAUCUAUAUAUAUAUAUAUUUUUUUUAAUACAUACAUACCUAUAUAUUAUAAUAGAUUUAUACUCCUAAACAGAUAUUGAAGUACAUAGAUACCAACUUCUUAUUGUUAAUUUUGUUGCCUAAGUUUUAGUAUAAGUUAGAGAGUUUUUCCUGGUUUAACUUCCUUGUAUUUUGUAUUAUAUGUACUAUGACCUAAUGAUAAACAAUGAUUACCACUCGCAGCAUGCGGCAGCAAAAAUGGAAAGAAAAUACACACACACACAAUCAAUUUUUUUGUUUUUGUUUUUCGUACAAGAGCACAAUAAUAUAAUAUAAUAUAAUCGUAAAGUAAUUAUCCAAAAACGUAUUAUGUAAACCCAAUAUUGUAUACUCGUACCGUACUGUAUGUAAACCACUUGCUAAGCCUAUUAAAAAGUUAUAGAGAGUACCUAUCAAUAGAGAAAGAUAAACAAAACAUAGUGUGGUUUUCAUCCUCCUCCUCAGCAGGCGGCACUCAGCUGUGGAGUGUCCGGCCCCUGGGCCGAUGACGCGCCAAACCGGCUUUGACUCUCCCCGAACUCUGUCUCUGGGUAAACUGGAUUUGCAUUCCCAUUUGCAUUCUGCGGUUGUUCUUAUCAUCGCUUGAAUGAGGUUUCAGUUGUGGCCAAACUGUGGAGCAGGAAUGUUGGUGAAUGCCAAUUGGGUUUUGUCCGCUCUGUGGCUCUGCUGCAGGGGCUUCCCCCAGGUCGGGGCUCUUCCCUGCCAGACUCUGGCCUGGCGCAGCUUCGAGUGUCGUGAAUUAGCCAGUCUGCAGGAUCUGUCUGAUGUGGGGGCCGAGAACUGGCAUUCAUUGGCGGUGAGAAAUGAACGCACAGAACUGGCCCUAGACUCAGACACAAGUGUCGAGUAUUUGGCCAAUCUGGUCGAGUUGGAUCUAUCUGCAGUCCAACAACUGAAUCUACACACCCAGGGCUUCUCCCUUUUGCCCAAUCUGCGGCACUUAAACAUCAGCGGCUGCGGUCUGGGCGAGCUCCAUGGCAGCCACUUUGCGGUUGAGUCAGCGCUGCAGCACCUCGAUGCCAGCCACAACCGCCUGGAGCUGCUCACAAAGGACGUCCUCGGCAAUCUGCGCAAAUUGAUUUAUGCCAAUUUCUCACACAAUGCCCUCACCGGCUGCGAGCUGCCCCACUUACCGCUGCUCAAUCGUCUGGAUCUUAGCCACAAUCGACUGGUUAAUGUCAGCUUCGGUGUCUGCCCCCAACUGCAGCAGCUGUUGCUCCACGAAAAUCGCCUGGCACAGUUGGAUGUAAGUGCUUUUCGUGGUCUGCAUGGUCUGCUGGAGCUGCAGCUCAGUGGCAACCGAUUGACCUGUAUUGCCCAGGAAACGUUUCUGCCGCUCAACCAGCUGCGAGUGCUGAACCUUUCGCACAAUGCACUCGAUGCCCUGCGUCCCAGUGUCUUCGGAGCCGCCCAAAACUUUGUGCUGAAUCUGCAGCAGCUGGAUCUGGCUGGGAACCACAUACGACUGCUCUUUGACAACCAAUUCAGGGUGUUGCCUCGACUGCAGGCGUUGGAUUUGUCCAGGAAUAGCAUUGCCAGCCUGAGCAGCGGCCACUUUGUGGGUCUUGGAUCACUGCGCAAGCUGUAUCUGCAGUCCAACGAUAUACUGGAGAUCAAGCCAGGAGCAUUUGCGGCAUUGGCCAACCUGGACACUUUGGAUCUGUCGCGCAACAGCCUGGAGUACUUCGAGGAGCAGGCCUUUGGGGGCAACACAUUGACGCGAUUGCGCAAGCUCAACCUGAACGCCAAUCGUAUGAAGCGCCUGCAUCCGCUGGCCUUCUCCUCGCUACCCUUCCUGGAGUACCUGUCGCUGGGCCACAAUGAGCUGCGAUCCCUGGACGUGCGCAUGUUUGCACCCAUGCGGCAUCUGCAGAAACUCCAUCUGGGUCACAAUUUGCUGGAAGAGAUCGGCCCCGAUGUAAUGGACUGCCUGAGCAGCGUCAUGGAGCUACUUAUCGACAACAACAAACUCACUUUUCUAGUUGCUUUGAACGACACCUUUCCCAGUCUGAAUCGCAUUGCGAUCGAGGGGAAUCCCUGGCAGUGCACCUGCUUUGUGGAGCUCCAACAGUGGCUGACUUCCAAGAGGGUGACGUAUUUGCGGGAGAACACUGGCUACUACAAGGGAGAGCGUCCUCUCUGCGUCGUCACGGCGGUGGAUUACUGUAUCCAGAAUUUGCAGGCCGCACGCCGCCAGAAGAUUCACGCCGAUUUCGAGGUGGAGCAGGAGGACACAGAUGCCUUCGAUGAAGACGAUGCCAGUGCAGCAGUAGACUGAUACCAAACAUAAGCGCAACAUUGCCUACACAUGUGCUUACACAUGCUUACAUAUUCACAGAAAAAAAAGAUAUUAAUUUUAAACAGCAUCCAUUUCUUGAACUAAACGACAAUUUCAUAAAGAAUGUUUUCAGACACAGAGGAUGUAUUGCGUGUAAUAGAUAUAUGUAUCAUUGUU